UCAAGUAUUUGCACCGGGGUUGUGCACCGAAGUACGACGUGCCUUUUAUCCUUAAGCUUAGAAGAGUCCAGACCGAGCUUCAACGUGAAGGCGAAACGAGUCGGCCCAAGACCACGGAAGACUUAGAAGCAGCAGGAAAAUGGCUUUCGUGGCAGGAAAUAUUGGAAGCACUUACUCUCCAGCGGCAGAGAUGCGAAGUUUCUCGUKGUCUCCAACAGUCAAAAGAAUGGAUGGAUCUAGUGUUAUUGGGUUUGUAUGUUCAUCUUCCGCCUUCUAGAGGCCAAGAGAUURGAACUUUAAUCUUCUUUGACGAGGAAAUAGCUGGAGCUGCCAUUGACCUAAAGAAAGAUUAUGCCAAGCAAAACGUACUGGCCUGCACUCCAAGCGGAMUAGUCUUGCACCUGCAAAGUUACAAGACAGCUAAGUUUAGAGGCCAUGACCGUGUGGAGAUCAAGAUGGAAACGGAGCUUUACAGAAUUAUCAGUGACUACUUGAAAAAUCAUAGAGAGAGGCUGGCUACAAAGGAUGCUGAUAACAUUUUUGUGAAUUCAUUUGGGAGCAUGUUCUCUCCAUCAUCCUACACCAGACAUCUCCAAUUGCUUUUCGAAAGGUUGACAGGAAAGCAAAUAUCAGUGAACUGCCUGAGGUCAGCCUUCAUUACGUACGCCUAUUCACAAGAGAAUUGCUCAGACAGUAUGAAAGAAAGCCUCGCGUCUGCUUUGAGACACUCAGUGAAGCAAGUAGCUGCACAGAUAGCAUCAAAGACUCUCUUGCUUCAGCAUUGCGCCAUUCACGACGGCACGCUCAGCUCACCUACGACAAACGCAACACAAACGAAAGAAAGACGUUGGCACUUUCUCUCGCCUCAGUUCGCAGGGGAAGAUCUUCAGCAUACUGGUAACUUUCAACAGGGAGAAUUUGAAACAGGAGAUUUUGUGGGACUGGUUGAGGAGUCAAGUACCGUGAAUGACCCAAGAAUCCUCGUGGGGUGA